AUGGAUGACAAGGAAAUGUUCUCACAGCUAGCUUCAAGGUUUAUGGCUCUCUAUAGAGACAAGAUCAUUCACAAGUUCAAGAACGAAUCCGAUCCACAUAGAUUUCAGAGGUUGCUCCAGACAAAUGAGUUUGCCCGAACUCUAUACGGUCUCAGUCAGAGCCUGUGCAACAGAUAUGAGGUCGACCAUUGGCAAGCCCAAGUUUUGGAUACUGCGGAUUUAGAGAUCAUUUACGCUAAUGUAGACGCCGUUGAGGGCUCUGAGGGUGACUACGUCGACAGAUUAGUCAAGGAACUGCUACGAUAUUUCAAAAACGACUUCUUCAAAUGGUGCAAUUCGCCUGAUUGUGAACAUUGUGGGUGUUCAGGCGAGCAAAUGACAGCUAUUGGCAAUGAGGGUGCAAAUUCUGACGAACGCCGUUUUGACUGUGGGGUAGUAGAGGUUUACAGAUGCCCUAAUUGUUCGAAAACUACUCGGUUUCCUCGUUACAACGACCCAAUGAAGCUGCUAGAGACUCGAAAGGGCCGCUGCGGCGAGUGGUGUAACCUUUUUAUGCUAUUCUUGAAGUCGUUUGGCAUCGAGUCGAGAUACGUAUGGAAUCGUGAAGACCAUGUAUGGUGCGAGUUCUAUUCCUCAAAUCUGAAACGGUGGGUACACGUAGACUCCUGUGAACAAAGCUUUGACGAGCCUCACAUUUACUCCGUCAACUGGAACAAGAAAAUGAGCUAUGCUAUAGCAUUUGGUUGCACUAUAGCUACCGACGUCAGCAGGAAAUACAUUUUGCAGAACGAGCUUUCCAGAACAGAAAUUGCAGAAGAAGACCUUAAGUUUUUACUGGACACAAUAACACGACGGUUACGCUUGAAUUUGAGCGAUGAAGAAAUUUACAAGCUCGCCUGCCGCGAUGAGCAAGAGAUGUUGAUGCUUUACGGAAGUGUUGAUGGUGCUUCAAUAGUGACAAAAAGCACAUCAGCCAUGAAGGGUCGAGAAAGCGGUUCUACUGCCUGGAAAAAAGGACGGGGCGAAAAUGGGAAGUCAUGA